GAGAAAAUUUUAUUUUUCCAAUUUUCGUUUUCAUGUAAAUAUAAAUUGAAACAUUUUCUUUUCAACAUUUGUGAUUAACUUUGUGUUCAUGUUAAUUGUUUUUCCUUUUAGUUAAACAAUUAGUCUGAUUUUUUUUCUUCUUUUCCUCCUAUGUGAACAAUUUAUUCCUCUACAAGAGGAUCUUAAAGAAAACCAAACCAAAGGGUCAACAAGAAACGGAGAAAAUCAUAUUGUUUUCUAUUCUUCUCUGUAUUUAAUUCACGAUUUUGCUUUUAAAUUGUUACAAUUUCUCUUCUAAUUAGACUCUAUUGCUCGUAUACAAUCAACAAAUCAUCAGUGUUUCUUUCCUGAAAACCAUUGUGAUCAUCUAAUUGCUGGUACUUUCAUUUUUUUUCCAUUAAUUUUUCUCAAAUUGUACAAUUUAUUUGUUAACCAUCAGCAAAAUCAUUCUAGUCAAACCUACAAAUCAUCUCGCAACAAUACAAAGUGUUCAAAAUUCAAUCACCUUAUAAAACAACAGUGUAAUUUAUUCAUCUCAUCAUCAACUAAAUUAGAAUCUUGAUUCUUUUUUACCACCAAUUUCUAUCAAUAGAAUUGAACAAACUCUAAACAAUCAAAAAUGACAGCUGAUAACAAAGGAGCUCGUAUGAGAUUACUUUUCAUGUUAGUCUUGACAACCUCAUUCUUUUUUGUGGAAAUAAUUGUUGGUUAUGUUACUAAUUCAAUGGCCCUGGUUGCUGAUUCAUUUCACAUGUUAUCCGAUGUAAUUGCUUUGAUAAUUGCCUACCUUUCGGUUCUUAUGUCACCCAAGAAAUGGGCUAAAAACACUUUCGGCUGGGCGAGAGCUGAAGUUCUUGGUGCUUUGGUAAACGCGGUUUUCCUGGUUGCCCUUUGUUUCUCAAUUCUGGUUGAAUCAAUCAAACGAUUCUACAAUCCUGAAGAGCUUCAUGCACCCUGGUUAAUUCUUGGAGUUGGAUUUGCUGGUUUAGUGGUUAAUGUAAUUGGUUUAUUCAUGUUUGCUGGUGCCGGUGGUGGACAUGGACAUUCACACGGCGGUGGCGGUGGAGGACACGGUCACUCUCAUGGUGGAGGAGGUCAUAGUCAUGAAGAGAGUAAAGAAAAAUCAAAACAACUUCCACAAUCAAGUGAACAGAUGAACAUGCGAGGUGUUUUCUUGCAUAUUCUUGCCGAUGCUCUUGGCUCGGUAAUUGUUUGUAUUUCUGCCUUAAUCAUGAUGUUCACCAAUUGGUCAAUCAAAGAUUAUGUUGACCCAACCCUUUCAGUAAUCAUGGUUUGCCUAAUUAGUUACUCUACUUGGCCAUUACUAAUUGAAUCCGCAAUGAUUUUACUACAAACUGUACCAACUCACAUUGAGAUUGAUGAGCUGCGACAAAAAUUAACCCGAGAGAUUAACGGUGUAAUUGCUGUUCACGAAUUUCAUGUUUGGCAACUUGCUGGUGACCGUAUCAUUGCCUCAGCUCAUAUUCGAUGUCACAAUUUAACUGAUUACAUGCAAAUCGCAGAGAAAGUGAAAGAAUUUUUCCACAACGAAGGUAUUCACUCUACAACCAUACAACCUGAAUUCGUGGAUAUUGGCUAUCAGGUCAAAUCUCAAGAUAAUUCAGACUGUGCCUUAGAUUGUCCCGAGAAAACAACGUGUGCCUCAAAAACUUGCUGUGAUUCGAGACGAAGCUCACCCGACCUGAGUCGAACCAACAACGGCUGUCGACUGUCCGAAGAUCGAUCUGAUUAUGGUGGCGAUGGAAAUCACAAUCAUCAAUCAACGGGCGCUUUAAUUAACAGUAAAGUUGCCAACAGUGAGCUUGGAACCUUUCGUAAUAUUUCAUUAGAAACUCUUGGACAUCGAUCGCAAAAAGGAAACCUCGAUGUUGAUCUAGGCCUUCAGAAGGACGUUUCACCCGGAAGUCAUUUCAAUUCAUCUCGUAAUCAUCAUCAUCAUCCACCAGGACCAGGAAUGAAUAACGUUUAAUUCAGUUUCAAUGAUUAAAUACUAAUAUUGUCUCAUGAAAGGAAAAACACAAUAAUCAUCAUUACCAUCAUUCUCAUUAUAAUCCAUCUCAUUGUCUUUAUAAACUUUUCCAAUUUCAUCAUUUGUUAAUUAAUUGAUUAUUUAAAAUCUGUUAACCUAAAUUUUCACACUUUUUGACGAUUUAUCAUCAUCAUCAUCCUCAUCAUUGUCACCAAAACAUCACAAUCAUUAUCCACCGAAAAUAAUCAAAAGUCUUCCCUCCAUUUUUCCCUCAUCAUUAUUAUCAUAUUGUUAAUCAUUUACAAAUCAUGAUUCCACAAAUUGUUAUACUUACACAAACAAUCAACAUAAUCACACGAAAACCGCAAAAGUGAUUAACAAUCAACAACUAAAAACAAUCAAUCAAGAGGACAAAUUUACCUAAGAGAUAAGCAACAUUUAAUUGUUAUUGUUAAUUAUCAUUUAAAUUACUGUGUAAUAUUUAAAUUCUUAUUAAUUAAACAAGUUUGAAAGUAAUUAAAGUAAAAAAUUUUUAAUAUUAA